CAUGAUUGUCAUCGUGCAUUCACGCAGUCUCUCGGGUAUGCUAACACAACAUUCCUCAAAAUCCAAAAAGGUAUAGAACUGCUAUAAAAUACUUAAUAAAUAUUUCAAACUAUCCCUUUAUAAUCCUCUCAAACAAAUCUCCCAAUCAGUUUUCUUUUAACUCUUCUCUCUCUUGCAUUCUGUUCUUUAAUAAUUCAUCCGCCCCUUUAGAUAUGAGAUUCAAAUCUCUGUUUAAUCGCAAGAAGAAGAGCUUGCCCAACUCGAAAACCCCAUCGCCGUCGAGUUCGCCGCCGGUAAACUCCCCGGCCAAGAUCGAAGAGGAGCUAGAACAGGUGUUCAGCAAGUUCGACAUGAACGGCGACGGAAAAAUUUCAUCGUUGGAACUGGGUUUCAUCAUGGCUAGCCUAGGAAACGCCGUAACGGAAGAAGAAUCAGUAAACAUGAUUAAGGAAGUUGACGCCGACGGAGAUGGGUUCAUCGAUUUGCAAGAAUUCAUCGAACUCAACACCAAAAAUAUCGAUUCGAAUGAAAUUUUGGAGAAUCUUAAGGAAGCUUUCUCUGUGUUUGAUGUGGACAAGAAUGGAUCCAUCUCUGCUGAUGAGUUGCAGAACGUGAUGAAGCGUUUAGGUGAAGAAUGUUCGCUGGAAGAGUGCCGGGAAAUGAUCGGCGGCGUUGAUUGUGACGGCGACGGGAUGAUCGAUUUCGAGGAAUUUAAGGUUAUGAUGGUUAGGGGCUCGAGGUCUGAUCUAAUGGACUCUCGUUGUUAAACAUUCAUUUUUGAAGAUGAGGAGGUUCGAAUUCUUUAUUUGGAUUUGGAAAAGAAAAGGAAAGAGUUGUAGAGAUUUACUUUUAUUUUGUUUUGUUAGAAACUACUGUGUUAUCAAUUUAAACCAAUAGGGAAUGGUGGAUUAAUGAGAAAUUGAGGACGGAGUAUUUUGUUAUGUGCCAAAUUUUAAAUAAAGCCUCGACCCUAAAAUAAAUUACGUCUUCUCUCUAAGUAUACACUUGUAUUUGCUACUUAUAUUGCCACUUUUAGCAUGUGUAAGGCUAAGUUUUUUAUAUCAUGUUUUUCUAAUUCACCAUGUACUUAUUUUUAAGCUCAAUGUUGUUAAUCCG